AUGGGUGUGUCAGUGGAAUCAGAAGCCAAGAUAUGGGAGGCUAUCACAGUCCCCAACCUUCCUCCAUAUCCGAAGAAACCAUCUAACAGAACAAAGACGAUAUUAGCAGUCUGCUUAACGAUAUCCGUGAUCGUUGCGUUUGUCGCCUCGUGGAUUGGUUUCGUCUUUUAUCUAAGACAUAAGAAAGUUCAAGAGGUUCUUGAGGAAUGGGAGAUUCAAUAUGGACCUCAUAGGUUUGCUUACAAGGAGCUAUCCAAUGCCACCAAGGGUUUCAAAGAGAAACAGCUUCUUGGAAGAGGAGGGUUUGGUCAAGUCUACAAAGGAACGCUUUUGUCUUCUGGUGCAGAGAUCGCUGUGAAACGGACUUCUCAUGGUUCGAGACAAGGGAUGAGCGAGUUCCUAGCCGAGAUAUCUACCAUUGGACGUCUCAGACACCCGAAUCUAGUCAGGCUCUUGGGAUAUUGUAGGCAUAAAGAAGAUCUCUACUUGGUUUAUGACUUUAUGCCCAAUGGAAGUCUAGAGAAGUAUAUAAACCGUAACAAGACGAACGAGAAUCAAGAACGGCUCACUUGGGAACAACGUUUCAAAAUCAUCAAAGAUGUUGCAGCUGCUCUACUACACCUUCAUCAAGAAUGGGUACAAGUCAUUAUACAUCGAGAUAUCAAACCGGCUAAUGUUUUAAUCGACCAUGAUAUGAAUGCAAGGCUCGGAGAUUUUGGAUUGGCGAAGUUGUACGAUCAAGGAUUUGAUCCUCAGACAUCUAGAGUAGCGGGAACGUUUGGAUACAUCGCACCAGAGUUCCUAAGAACAGGAAGAGCAACUACAAAAACUGAUGUUUACGCCUUUGGGUUGGUUAUGCUUGAAGUAGUUUGCGGUAGAAGGCUGAUUGAGCAUCGUGCAGCCGAGAGCGAAGAAGUUCUUGUGGAUUGGAUCCUAGAGCUUUGGGAAAAGGGGGACAUUUUCAAUGCGAGUGAGGAAAGUAUCCGUCAAGAACAUAACAAGGGAGAAAUUGAGCUUGUUUUAAAGCUAGGUAUGUUGUGUUCGCAUCAAGCUGAAUCGAUUAGACCGGAUAUGAGUGCGGUUACGCGGAUCUUGAAUGGCGUUUUGCACCUCCCGGAUAAUCUUCUUGAUGUGGUAACGGCUGAGAAGUUGAGAGGACGGCAUGAGAUUUCAAUGGAAGUACUACAUGAUGUGAACUCAUUUCGUACAUUGACGUUUACACAUUCUUUCAUCUCCCAUGGACAAUGA